AUGUAUAUAAAGUGUCAUAUUUAUGAGGACAUUGCCAUUGCAGGAUAUGAACGACAAGCCACACAUGGUGUCAUUGGAGAGUUGAUGAGGUCAAGAUAUGUUGGAAUUGGAGGUGCACCAAGGCCUAAAGAAAUUAUGCAAGUAAUGCUAGGUGAUCAUGAUGUUAAUAUCUCUUACUGGAAAGCCUGGCGAUCAAGAGAGGUUGCACUCGAUUAUGCCCAAGGAUCUUCAUGUGCAUCUUAUAAGAUGUUGCCGGACUACCUUGAGAGACUAGUUCUUGCAAACCUGGGAACCCUUACUGAAAUGGAAACCGGAUACGAAGCUGGAGUUGGUCACAGAUUCAAGUACAUGUUUUUGGCUCUAGCGGCUUCUGUACGUGGGUUCAAGCAGAUGCACAGUGUCAUUAUAAUCGAUGGAACACAUCUGCGAGGUAAAUACUGUGGUUGCUUACUCACCGCUUCCGCCCAGGAUGGUAACUAUCAGGUGUUUCCACUAGCAAUCGGUGUUGUCGAUAGUGAAAACGACAAAGCAUGGGAGUGGUUUUUCAAAAUGUUAUUGCAAUUCAUCCCAAACACCGAGGACGUUGUAUUUGUUUCCGAUCGGCACUCCUCUAUUUACUAUGGGAUAUCGAAGGUAUACCCAGGAGCUCAACAUUGUGCAUGCAUUUUACAUUUGAAGCGUAACGUACGUACUUAUUUCAAGAACAAGCAUCUAUCUUUCCUUGUCGGCAAAGCAGCACGGGCAUUUUGUCUUCCAGAUUUCUAUGGUGCGUUCAACGAAAUUAAGCUGAUGAAUGCAUCAUGUGCAGAAUAUCUACAAGAAAGGCGUAAUGGUACCAACAAUGGAAGCGGCAGUUUCACCCCACGUGUGCUUGAGAUCAUAGCUGGAAAUUUUGAACAAAGCGGAGGCAUGCUUGCAAGCAAGAUUAAUAAUAUCGAAUAUGAAGUGAGGACGAAAGAAGGAGAAUCUUUCCACGUUAACCUUUCACUCAAAAGUUGCAGCUGUAAUGUGUUUCAAACACUCAUGAUACCGUGUUCACAUGCUAUUUCGGCGGCAAUUAAAAGCAAAAUGAGGGUGGAAACACUGGUUUCAGGACUUUACAGUUUGGAGUGUCUUGCAACUGCUUACAAGGAUGAAAUCUUUUCAAUAAGCAACACCAUGAACGGAGAACAUCAGGACAGUGGAGCAGUUGAUAUGGAAGUCCUCCGCCAGCGACCAAACGCCCACCAGGCCGACCGCGUAAAAGCAGGAUAUUAUCAACCGGCGAAAUAA